AUGCCGCCGAAGUACACAAUGUCGGACUCCGAGCCAGAGCCAGAGGACCAGGCCACCAAUGCUCCUUCUGAUCAAACUUUAGAGCAGGGUCUCCGCGACGAAGUUGCUGCUAUGUUCAAGUCGGGCAAUAUGGGGCAAUUGACUGUGAAACGCGUGCGACUUGCGGUGGAAAACAAGCUAGGUCUCACAGCAGAGUACUUCAAGUCCACAGGUGAUUGGAAAGCGCGAAGUGAGAAGAUUAUCAAGGAAGAGUUUGACACACAAGAUAACGCAGCUCAAAACCCAGAGCCUCAAGCUGCUGAGAAGUCCCCAUCACCUGUGCCUCAGAAGAACCCCACCCUAGCCAAACGCCCCAAGUCAGAAAGCGCACCGAAGCCGAGGAAACGCCAGAAGACCAAGACACCGGUGUCAGAAGACGACGAAGAAAGCGAUUCCCCGGUUGCAUCUGAUGACGAAAGUGAUGAAUUGACCAAACCAAAACAACGAUCGAAGGCACCAGCCAAAUCUAAGAAGCCCCCAAAAGCAGAAUCAGAAGCGUCCGAUGUUGCUGAAGAUACCUCCGACGUGCACGAAGCAACUACAAAUACCAAAGAUGACGCCUCCGAAAGCGAAAUGUCAGUAGUCCUUGAUGAAGAGCCAAAGCCCAAAGCCCCGCGCAAGCAAAAGAAGAAGACAGACGGGCCUUCUAAACCGAAGAAAGCACCAAAGGCAACAGCCAAGGCCAAGGACGAAGACAUCAGCCCAGACCAAGCUGAGAUCAAACGGUUACAAGGAUGGCUCGUCAAGUGUGGAAUCCGGAAGCUGUGGGGCAAAGAGCUGGCUCCAUACGACAGCCCCAAAGCCAAGAUCAAGCACCUCAAGGGAAUGCUUGAAGAUGCUGGAAUGAAAGGCCGACCAUCUCAAGAACGGGCGAACCAGAUCCGCGAAGAGCGCGAAUUGAAAGCUGAUCUUGAAUUGAUCAAGGAGGGCGCCAAAAACUGGGGUGCGAAGGGUGACGAAGCUAGCGACGAUGGAAAGCCUCGACGUCGGCAGCAACGUGGAAGGCAGUCGCUUGCCUUCCUUGACAGCGAUGAGAAUAGCGACGAGGAUGGCGACGACGAGAAAUCUCAGAGUCGGAAGAAUCGAGGAAGGCAAUCGCUUGCUUUCCUAGACAGCGAUGAGGGCGAGGAGACUGAUUGA